AUGGCUCUUCUCUACGGCUUUGGAGAUUUACUCUAUGCCUUUCUACUCGUCAUAAACGCAAUUGCUGUUCUCAACGAAGAGCGUUUUCUUGCCAGGGUUGGAUGGUCAUCUUCGCAGGCGACACAGCAAGCAUACUCUGGCUAUGAACAAGCUCCUGAAGAGAGCAUUAAACAACGUCUUGUCCAUCUCAUUGCGGCGGUUAGAACCCUCUUGCGGAUACCGCUCAUCGGACUAAAUAUUCUCGUCAUCGCUUACGAACUCGUACUUGGAGGGUAG